CCGUUUAAGAUUAAUUUGUGGUCCUCUGACCUACCCCAGGGAGGUCUAUCCGUGACCGGGGCAACUUCUCUCCGAAGGAAAGGAAGCCUUGCGACAAUGCCAAUUGCCACCGGGCUCGGGCCCCUUAAACUAGGACUCCAGUUUAGGCACGGUUGAGGCAGACGUCUUAGCUCGCACAUUUCAACAAGGCAGCUAGCUAGCUUGGCCAGAGCCCGGCGCCUCAACUCUUCCCAAGAUCACGAGUCCGGAACCGCCGCCUCCAACUCCGAGAAGUCAAGCGCCCGACGAGAAACUUGCACGAUCGCGCCCGCGGCCACCCACCCCAGGCCAGGGCACCCACGGCCUCCCAGUCUGCCAUCCCCAGGAACCAUGUCGGGCAGGUCGGUUCGAGCCGAGACCAGGAGCCGGGCCAAAGAUGAUAUCAAGAGGGUCAUGGCGGCUAUCGAGAAAGUGCGCAAAUGGGAGAAGAAAUGGGUGACCGUUGGCGACACCUCCCUACGGAUCUAUAAGUGGGUUCCUGUGACAGAGCCGAAAGUUGACGACAAAAACAAGAAUAAGAAGAAAAGCAAGGAUGAGAAGUGUGGCUCAGAGGUGACUACUCCAGAGGACAGCUCGUCACCAGGGAUGAUGGACAUGCACGAUGAUAACAGCAACCAGAGCUCCAUAGCAGACGCCUCUCCCAUCAAACAGGAGAACAGCAGCAACUCCAGCCCUGCCCCAGAGCCCAACGCACCUGUGCCCAGUGAUGGCCCCGAAGCCAAGGCUGAUGAGGCCCAGGCCGAGGGAAAAGAGCACCCUGGAACUGAAGAUGCCUCUGACGAGCAGAAUUCACAGUCUUCGAUGGAAAACUCAAUGAACAGCUCAGAAAAAGCAGAGCGGCAGCCAUCUGCAGAGUCGGGGUUGGCAACAGAAGCUUCGGCAGUGUCUCAGGAUUUGGAAGGAGUGCCGCCCUCUAAAAAGAUGAAGCUGGAGUGCUCUCAACAGAACUCUGAAGAGAUGUAGACGCCGCCGCCCACGCCGAGUGUGGAACCCUUGGGUCCAUGUUUCACGGCAGGUACAUCCGCAGGCUUAAUCCUAGAACGCUGCCCAAGCGAUUCCUCUUGGGUGUGAACAGAACUAACGUUUCAAGUUUACUAUGUGCAAAUCCAAGAAAAACAACAACAACAAAAAAAAAACCACCUAGAACGGCGGAACUUCUCAGACACUGACGAACUCUGCUGUGAAGCGAAACCUUCGAGCGACUGUCCUUGGGGAGGUGGGUCGACAGCUCAGGAGUGUCUGCACACUGUCUCGGAAGCCAAGAUUACAUUUAUGUUGCUGCUGUUUCCCCCCCUCCUCCCCCUCCCCGCCCCCACUUCUCUAUUUAAUGAUAUAAGCUAUUUGAGGGUGGUACCAAUCAGGAAUUUGCUUUUCAUAGGGGAUUUUUUCACUCUCUUCAACCAAUCCAUCCCGCUUUCUUUUUUUGUGCCUUGUACCCUAGAGGUUACCUCUGGCAUGCUUCCUGGUUUUUGCAUUUCUCCUGGCAAAAAGUGCCCGUUCCUUUUGGUUGGCUGCUGCCCCCCCAACCCCCAACCCCCACCUCUUACUGACUGUCUCUCUCCCCCUCCCUGCCCCGAGACUGCUUCAGAGCAGGCAGGGUAGAGGGGCGGGAGAUCAGGCACCUUUCAGUGGCUCCUGGUUCAGGCAGGCAGUGUUUGGGCACACCCUGUACCCUACAUGGAGUCAGCCCCAACUUCCAGGGCCCCCGGGGCUCUAAAGUGUCAGCCCCAUUUCCCAAGGGCUGGCCUCCUUGGUUCAGGACCUGCCCUCACCUCCAGGAGCCGUGGAGACUAGGGGUUUGCAAGCCACAGUAGCCCGGAUUGACAUGCAAAGCCUUUAGAUUCUUCUGGCACUUCCACCCUCUCUCCCCCCUCUCUAGCUACCACUGGCACUGCCUUCUCCAGGCCCUCCGAGGACAAAAUGACUGCUUGCCAGCUUGUCUCCUUAGGAUAGUACAGGGCUGGGAAGGUCGGGAACAGCAGGGCUAGCUGGUGCUGAACUCCCAUGGGACGUUGCUUGGAUUUCAAAUCCACGGAAACCUGCUGCCCUUUGUGUCCCCGUCCCCCUGACACCCCAAAUCCCAGGCAAGAUGCUCCUGGCAUGGUGUUCUGACUCUCAGAGGCAACAGGUGGAUGGAGUCUGAGCACGCGCUAUCGGCCUCCACGAGGGAGUGGACCUUCACGGUUGGGCCUCAAAGGCCAGAAGCAGGGCACCGAGGAACUGGGGAGAUUUGCACACACCCCCAGAAAGGGGCCUCGGCGGCUCCCCCUCCCCCUGCCCUCGAUUGCACCGAGACAGCUUUCUCUCGCUCAGUGGAGACACCCCUUGGAUGAACUGCUGCCCUGCGGUGGGCGGCCGGCGGGCCGUUGAGUUCUGAGGCCUGGUUUGCUCUUAAAUCCCUCCACAGAGUCCUCAGACCUUAAAGCUCCCCAUGCUUUCUUACCGCACUGGAACUCUGGCUCCUAGAGUUGUGUGUUUGGGGGCGCGGGGCGUUUUGUUUUUGUUUUGUUUGGUUUUUUUGUUUUGUUUUGUUUGCGAAUUGGUGCAUAUUCAGGUACCAACCUUUUGACGUGUGGAUCUUUCUCCCGACCACCAGGAGAAGUGUCCGCCAGGCUCCGUUUUCUAAGAGUUUCUGAGAGGAGAGCUCUUUCUUCUUUUUCUGUUCUCAAGGGAGCUGUCUAUUUCCUAUACUUCACGAAGAAUCAAAAUGUUCCUGAAUUUUAAAUACCUCAUGCAAAAAUAUCUCCUGAAAUAAGGGAAGAAAAAAAAAAAAACUUUGAAAA